AUGGCUGUAACUAAUUUUAAGGUCAUCAUUGUUGGCGGUGGCCCAGUAGGACUGACAGCCGCGCACGCUCUACACAAAGCAGGCAUCGAUUUCACCGUUCUCGAGCGCAGCAAUGAGAUUGCUAUGGAUGUUGGUGCUAGCAUCGCUCUGGGACCUCCCACUUUGCGAGUCCUUCAUCAGCUUGGCUUGCUGCAUCAGCUGCAGGACAUUGGCGGAGAGCUAGUUCGUCGAAAAUUAUUCACCGUAGAUGGUUACAAGUUCAAGAGCGGCGACCUGUUCUAUGGUAUGAAGAAAAGCCAUGGCAUCCGCCCUGUUGUUUUCCAUCGAGCAGAGUUUGUUCAAUUUCUAUACGAUCAACUUCCCGAAGAGGUCAAACCCAAUAUUUUGACGGGAAAAAAGGUCUCGGACAUCCAAUCGGGAGAGAAAAAAGUCAAAGUUGUCUGCGACGAUGGAAGCAUAUAUGAAGGAGACUUGGUCCUUGGCGCCGAUGGCGUGCAUAGCCAAACUCGAAAGAUUAUGCGAAAAUUCGCUGUGGAAGCAGACCCAAAUGUCACUUGGGAUUCCGAAAUGCCAUAUACGGCAUCUUAUAGAUGCCUUUGGGCGAGUUUCAAGAGACCGACAGCUAUGGGAGAAGCAUGUGAAACUCAGCACAAAGAUACCUCGGUCAUGUAUAUGACGGGCAAGGAGCGUGGCUGGAUAUUCCUUUAUGAAAAGCUACCAGAGCCCACCAAAGAGCGCAUGUCAUAUACCUCUGAAGAUGUUGAAGCAAUGGGCAACCGAUUUGCCGAGUAUCCCAUUACGGAUAACCUCAAAGUGAAGGAUGUGUUCCCCGAUCGGAUGACGGGCGGCAUGUCGGAUCUCCAAGAAGGCAUCUGCAGCAACUGGGGUUGGGGUCGUAUCGUGCUUGCGGGAGAUGCCAUCCAUAAAAUGUGUCCUAAUGCCGGCCUGGGCUAUCAAACCGGACUCCAAGAUGUGGUAUCGUUGGUCAACAAUUUGAGACGGCUGGUCGGUUCUUCGGAACCCUCAAUGGGCCCCAGCGUCUCUGCCCUGGAAGCCAUGUACAAGAGCUACCAAAGUCAACGAUGGGAUCCUCUGUCUCAUGAUGCAUUUAUAUCUGAACACAUUACACGCAUACAUGCCUGGGCUAAUGUGUGGUACUAUUUGUUGGGUCGCAUUGUGCUGGUACCACGUUUCAUGGAUUAUCUCAUGAAUGAAUGGUUGCAAGCACCGGCCACGAGCAAAGCGCUAGCUUUCAACUUUCUAGAUGCUGAAGAACCAUUCGAAGGCCAAGUUCCCUGGGUGCACCCGCUAAAAAAUAUUUAUUAA